UCCAAUUGUAGCUUCAAUAUUAAAACGUUAAAUUGUAAAAUACUUUUCGAUUGGAUGAUAGGGUCUCCGUCCAGCCUGUGAUCUUAAAGUGCCUUUAUACUUUUAAAUAGAACUAUACAAUCGUUUCUUCUAAGCUCCUUGCCUCAGACUCCUGAAAUUUGUAGUCGGUUUGUAUCAUUAGGUUAUAUACUCUCUGGUUUGUAGUGGAGUUGCUGUACAAUAACUUCCUGUUCCGUUUUUGGAGCGUCCUGCUUUACUUGUGUUAUUGCUAUUCUUGCCUAUUGCACAGAAUAUAAGUCGUUCAUUAAAGAAUCUCUGAAAUAGGAAACUAGUGACGCAGCGAUGGCUCUCCCGGUGAAUUAUAAACAGAUUGCUGUGUCGUCUCCGACACCAAUGACCAGCAACCAUUUGCUGUCAGCUGGUGCUCCUAUGACAUUCAACAUUUUGAAAGAACGACUUAGAGCAUCAAGUGCUUCUAGUUCUUCAUCUGGAUCAGCGAAGGAUACAACUGCCAACCAGAAUCCAUUUAUUACUACUUCCCAUGGGCAUCCUGGUUUCACUCCACAGAAAGUCGGGAAAGGGACUGGUGGUGACACAAGAGUUCCAAAACCACCUAAACCACCUGAAAAACCCCUUAUGCCUUACAUGAGAUAUAGUCGGAAAGUCUGGGAUCAAGUGAAAGCUCAAAACCCAGAAUUGAAAUUAUGGGAAAUUGGAAAAAUUAUUGGUCAAAUGUGGCGAGAUCUUCCUGAAGAAGAUAAGACAGAGUAUGUUGAAGAAUAUGAAGCUGAGAAGUUAGAGUAUGAGAAAAAUUUGAAAGUGUAUCACAAUUCCCCGGCUUAUGUGGCAUAUAUUGCAGCCAAGAACCGUGGUAAGUCCGCUCAACAGGCUGCAGAAGAACGAGAAACUCAUGAGCGCUCAAGUGGUGGGACAAAGCCUGCUGACAGGCGAAUAGAUAUUCAACCAGCUGAAGAUGAAGAAGAUCAGGAUGAUGGUUAUUCAGUGAAACAUGUGGCAUACGCUCGUUACUUGCGAAACCAUCGCCUUAUCAAUGAGAUAUUUUCUGAUUCUGUGGUUCCUGAUGUGAGAUCUGUAGUGACUACUGCUAGAAUGCAGGUUCUGAAACGCCAAGUUCAGUCUCUUACAAUGCAUCAGAAAAAGUUGGAAGCUGAACUGCAACAAAUUGAGGAAAAAUUUGAAGCAAAGAAACGGAAGUUUAUUGAAAGUAGUGAAGCAUUUCAAGAAGAGCUUAAGAAGCAUUGUGUACCAGCAGUGGAUGAAGAGACAUUCCAAAGAAUGGUAGAGAGGCAAUAUGAUGUAUUACGAAAAGAAUACACCAAAGGAACAGAAGAAUCACAAAGUAGUUCUGAAUCAGCUGAAGAGACUCAAACUCAGGCAAAGGCUAUGGAGGUGCAGCCUGCUACUAAUGAACCAGAACAGCAGCAGCUGCCGCCUCAACAAUCUCCCUCACAGCCACAGCCACAGCCUCAACCUCAGCCUCAGCCUCAGCCAUCGCCCCAAUCUCAAGCUCAGCCACAAUCUCAACCUCAGCCUGCAACUCACUUGACAACUCCACAACACUUAUCUCCUCAGCAUUCAGUACCUCACCCUCCACAGCACAUGAGUCCUCAGCAUGGGCCAGCCCAGCACCCAUCUGUGCCUCAUCCCACUCCCCCUCACCCUGCUCCUCAGCACUCCCCCUUGCAGCAUCCUACCACUCAACACCCUCCACCCCAGCACAUACCUUCCCAGCAUGGGCCUCCUCCACAUGUGCCCCCACAUGGGACUUCUCCCCAUCCUCCCCCCCACCAUCCAUUGCAGCACCCUUCACAGCAUAUGCCACCUCAACACAUGCCACCUCAGCACCUUCCUCCACAGCAUCCCUUGCCACCACACCCUCAGUAUCCAUUUCCUCAGCAGCAAGCUUAUCACCAACCUUACUCACAAUACCCUCCCCAUCCACAUCCAUAUUAUCAGCCUUAUCAGUAUCACAUGCCACGUCACUAUCAUCCACAGCAGCAUGCAGAAGCCGCCCACCCUAAUGUUGAAAGUGGUGUUACUCCAUAUGGUGCACCAACACCUGAAGUUGAUCGACCUCCAAUGGAAGAAUCGGGGGUGGACAGAGGUGCUGUUAGUGCAUCUGAACCCCCAAGUGAAGUUAUUGGAGUAUAUGCCCCUACUGAUGACUCCCUGACUAUGGAGGAGGAUGAAUUUUUUGAAGAUCUAAUAGAGGUGAUGGAUAGUGUCUCUAUAACAGAUGAACUUAUAAUUAUGGGAGAUCUAAAUGGGCGCAUUGGAAAUAAAGAAGAAGAUGGGUAA